CAAGAGCCUCACACAACUUUAUGACUGCAACGCGUAGUCCACCAACAACCACAACCACUCCAUCAACUCACCCAGCAAGUGGAAAAACAUGAGCACCGCAGCGGUUCAAGACGCCCGGAAGCAGGCUGAGGCUCUGGACAAUGAGGACUCUAUCGCCUUCGUCCGUGAUGAGUUCAACAUUCCCACUAAGGCCCAAAUAGCGAGCUCCCGCUUGGCCGACUCUCACCCAGCCGCCUUGCCAGCGUCUGAGGACGAUGCCAAGUGCAUAUACCUCUGCGGCAAUUCGCUGGGUGUGCAGCCCAAGAGAACCGUCACCCGUCUCAAUCAGUAUCUUACCACAUGGGCCACUCAAGGAGUGCAGGGCCAUUUCAAGCCUCUUGAAGAGUCGCCUCUCCCGACGUGGCUUGACGCCGAUGCCAAAGCUGCAGAGCUUAUUGCGCCCGUCGUCGGAGCCAAUGUGUCCGAGGUGGCUGUCAUGCAGACCUUGACUGCCAACAUCCACCUCUUGAUGUCUGCUUUUUAUCGCCCCGAUAUCAAUGGUCGUCACAAGAUCAUUCUGGAGAACAAGGCUUUCCCUAGUGACCAUUUCGCGGUCGAAACCCAAAUUCGUCAUCAUAGCUUGUCAACUGAAAAGUCCAUGGUUCUGAUAGAGUCCUCCUCCAAGGACAACAUCAUCAGCACCGAAGAAGUCUUGUCCGUAAUUUCGGCUCAUGCUGACACCACAGCUCUCCUGCUGCUGCCUGGUAUCCAGUAUUACACGGGUCAGCUGCUUGACAUUCCCGCCAUCACAGCUUUUGCCCACAAGCACGGCAUCUUCGUUAUCUGGGAUCUCGCCCACGCGGUAGGUAACGUACCACUAUACCUCCAUGACUGGGGAGUAGAUGCGGCGGCUUGGUGCAGCUACAAGUACCUCAACGGCGGGCCUGGAUGUAUCGGCGGUCUCUUCGUUCACACCAACAACAGCGUCGUAACCAAGGAGAUCACGGAUGAGAAACCGGAGGAGGGCUACAAUAACCGCCUUGCGGGCUGGUGGGGCAAUGACAAGAAGACGAGAUUUGUCAUGGCCAACAAGUUCCACCCCGUGGCGGGCGCGGCUGGCUUUCAGUUGAGCAACCCCAGCAUUCUAGAUAUCACCAGCCUGAGCGCUUCCCUGGAGAUCUUCCAGGAGGCUGGCGGCAUGGAAGCGCUGAGGAGCAAAUCCCUCAAGCUGACCAGCUUCCUUGAAGCUACUCUCGGGCACAUGAAGGAGGAAGACCGCGCUCACUUCCGUAUCAUUACCCCUUCCAAGUCAGAGGAAAGAGGCGCCCAGCUGAGUCUCAUGCUCUCCGACGGGCUCCUAGAUACCGUCAUGAAGGAGCUCGAGGCGCGCGGGGUUAUCGUUGACGAGCGGAAGCCCAACGUCAUCCGGGUCGCACCGGCCCCGUUGUAUAACACAUUCAAGGACUGCGUACUGUUCGUAGAAGCCUUCUCAGCAGCACUGGAGGUGGCCAAGCAGCACGCACUUUAGGUGACUAGACCCUUGCUUUCGUGUAUACAAAGUCACAUGCUCCGUUAUGUUUAUCCUUCCCGCCUCCCGAAUCUGUGAAUAAUGGAAACUUGAUCAGGCCAGUCGGGCAACGUGUUGCAAAAUCUAUGCAGGUUUAGUCGACCCCGCAAAAUGAUGAGCGAGUAAGAGACUGGUUCCAGCUGUCUGAGAACCGCGUGUGUGGCUCCCUCGGGCGGCUAAAUUGCAUCCGGAUGCCUGGAACGAGAAGCAAGCAGUUCCGGAAAGCACACCGAGCACAUGGACAGACAGCCUUACGUUUCUGUAAUCACUGUUGAUGGCUAGGUCUAUUCAGGAACACUGCAUUUAUAGUUAAGAACAUAUGCCACGUCUCGGUACUUGUGGUCCCUGGCCAGAGAUGGACUUAAUAACCGUAGACCAUCGAAACUAGCCAACUGCCAUGUUCAGGGUUAACGUUUAUCUUCCCUGGACUCCAUCAAUAUUUAGUUCAAAUUUACUUUACGGACCAAGCAUUGAUUUUUCAAC